GAGAAGGAGGAAGGGAUGAAGUGAACGGUGGGUCUGUGGGAAAAGGUCGGGGAAGAAGAGAGGGCGGGAGGUGGAAGCUAGUUACCACUCCUGGGCUAUUUGGCGUGGCCCCUGCCCCUCCCCCAGACCCAGGCUUGUUUCUUUUGGAAGCCCUAAGUGCCCCUGUGGACCUUAGGGGUCUCUCUUCUUUACCCACCGGUUCACAAAACCUGUCUCCUGAGGUUAGGAGGGGCUUCUGAGGAAAGAGGUUUUUCACCUCAGAACUGGAAUAGUCCAAGAAAUGGACGAGCAGAGGCCCCUUGGUGCCAUCCUUGCUCUGCCUUCAGACAGACUGUAAUAAUUCUGUGUGACCUUGGGCAAGUCACUACCUCUCUUUGGGCCUCGAAUUUCCCAUUGACUUUUAAAAAGGAAAAUGGGCGAUAUGGUAAUCUGAAUCCUCCAUCAGUUGCAAAAGGGGGCGGGAUUUGAGGAGGGAAUUUAGUCGAAUGGGUUCUAGGAUGCGGCAGGCAUGAAGUUGGAGUGGAGACCUUCAGCUUGAUAGGGGGAAAUUUCCCGGGAUUUGCGGAUAUUUAAAGCUUGCAAGGCUGGGUCCUGGCAGGCCUGGGCUUUGGGAAUCCCGAUGGAGAAAUGGGAGAACUCUGUAAAUAGAGGAAGCUGAACCCUGGUUCAGAAAAGAUGAGAACCAGGAAUAACAACGUUCUAUUCUUCGGGAGAGUGAAGAGGUGAUGGAGGACCAGAAGCAAAAUGUUGUAUUCUAGAAAGAUCUCCAGGCUUUUCGUGGGUAGCAGAAGAAAUGCCAGGGCUUACACACCAGAAUAGAGGCUAGGAAGCGUGUGGGGGAGGGGCUGGUCCUAUUUGGGCUCAGCAGGUCAGUGGAGACUAAAGGGUGAGUGGGCUCAGCUGUUCUCUGAGGCACUGUACAUUGAACCUAGGGCCUUGUUAAUGCCAGCAAGUGCUGUAGUGCUGAACUACUCUGCCAGCCCUGUUUCUUUUUUGAUGGUGGCUGCCUCUUUCUGAGAAAUAGACCUGCUAGCCCUCAUUUUUUUACAGUUCUUUUGGUGAGUAAGUCAGACCAGGCCUACCUAGGAUCUCCUGGCUGCCUCAGAAUCACAGGAUGGUAUGAGGAUUGGGAUGGGAGAGGGAGAGGGAGAGGGGGGGGGGACAGAGAGAGAGAGAGAGAGAGAGAGAGAGAGAGAGAGAGAUUAGCUAAGAAAUGUCAUCUCUGGCAUCCUUUCUGGGGGGCAGCUUUAUGGGGGUCAGACUGCUUGGAUUCCAAACCUGCCUCCGCUGUUUAAUCUCUGAGAACCAUAACCAAGAAGUACCCUGUCAGAACCCCAGCUUCUCAUGAAACAGGGACAGUUCCUCAGAAGGCUGUGAGGAUUAAAUGACUGUGUGGUGUGACUCUGGCUCAUAGUGUGCUCCCAGCAAACAUUCCUGUUAGCUGUGAUUCUGUUCUCUUCCCUGUUUCUCUCUUCUUGUCUUUUUCUGUGUUCUUCUGAGUGCUCAGUUCUGAGGUACCCCUUAGAUCUGAAGGCUGAGACUUAAUUACAUCUCCUAUCAGGAUGCUCUCAUUGGUCCCCCUGAAUACAUGAUGACUGGAUGGUCAAGGGUCUCAGCAUUGACUCUCCCCUGCCCCAGAAUGUGUGUUCUGUUCCGGGGAAGACGACUGACAGAUGUGCUUGUCUUCAGCCUCCUUUCUCAUGUCCCUUUGCCCUGGUCACUUCAGAGUCCACUCAGAAGUGUAAGCGUCCCAAAGCUGUAUUGGUGUUGCAGCAGAUGAGAGGAGCAGGAAAGAAGGGACAGCCCAGGGGAAGCCUGGGGGAGGGAAGGAAUGCUCUGGGCGUUUCAUGGUCAUUCCAUUCAUCCCGCCAUUCGCUCUUCCCUGGCUAACUGAUUAAAAUGGGCUUGGGCUCGAGUUCUGCCCAGAAGUCUCCAUACAGUUAGCGUUCUAUCAUGGAACUUUGCCCAUAUGAGUUUUUGAUAUCUGCUGCCUCCCACCAAGGUAAAGAGUCUCUACUAAUCUACACUUUCUUUUACAGACUACUCAAAACAAUUUAUACAAACAAAUGAGUACAAACAGUAUUUUAGGUUGUAUGCAAAGGUUAGGGGUGCUGCAGUUUCAUCAAAGCACUUGAGGUGGAGGGACAAUCGGGGAGUUUAAAAAAGAGAAACCCUCAGGCUGUCAGGAUGGCUUAGUGGCUUAAGUGCUUGCUGCAGUGGCAGAAGGACUGGAGUUGAGAUCCCCAGAACCAAAUACCCACCUCCCUGUAAUUCUAGCCUUGAACACAGCGACGGGAUCUCCAGAGCAAGACCGCUAGUGGGGCUGGCUUUGUCAGUGAGCUCCGAGUUUGAUUGAGAGACCUUGCUCUCCUCAGGGAAUGGGGUAAAAGAUUGGUCAAGGAUGAUUCUUAACAUCAGUUUUUAAACACGUCUUUAAACAUUGUGAAAUUGGGUCGGGGGGAGCUCACUUCCAAAAUGUAGCACACUGGAGUGAAGAGGUGGGCACUCUCAGAAGCCCAGUAAAUAUUCACAGGGGCACAUGUGGCUGCCAAGUGGUACGCUCGGUCCUAGAAGGACAGAGUGUGUGUGGGUGUGUGGUAGUGUAAAAGUAAAAUGAAGGAGUGAACAUUGGAUCAUCAUGAACAAAGCAAGAGAGAACUCUUACAAUUUCUGUACAGAAAGUUAACUGGGAAGCCCUGGCCUCAGGAUGGGCAAGAUGUGGGGUCGGCUGUGUUGAAAGGCUUUGGAUGGUAGAUGAAGGGGAAAAAAAGCAUUUAGGUUUUGUUUUGUUUUUGUUUUUGUUUUUCUUUUUGAGACAGUGUUUCUUCCCUGUAGUCCUGGCUGUCUUGUAACUCACUCUUGACUCUGUGGCCUUGAACUCAGAAAUUCCUCAGCCCCUGCCUCUGCCUCCCAAAUUCUGGGACUGAAGGUGUAUGUCACCAUGCCUAAUUUACUAGUUUAUAUAUUUAUUUUGAGACAGGAUCUCCCUUUGUAGCUCUGGCUGUCCUGGAACUUGAUAUGCAGACCAAGAUAGCCUUGAACUUUCGGAGAGCCACCUGCUUUGCCUCCAAACUUAAAGGCAUAUGCUAGAUAAGAACCCUGGCUCUCAGUCGAGGAGCUUUAUGGGGUAGCCAGGCUUGAAUCUUGGUGAUGCAAUCACUUUCGGGGAAGGCUGGUAUGAAACACUGUUUCCUGUGGUAGGCGCUGUGCUUCUAGGGAGGACAGGUGAGUUUAGUAGGGGCUCUUCUGAAGCCAGCUGCGGGGCUGUUGCACCCUUUACCAUUGCUCUGUCUGACGUUUCUCACAUGUAAGAGAGGAGACCAAUGUGUGCAGUGGCAUUCCUAUUAAGUCCUGCGCUCGGAAGUGGAGGCAAGAAAAUGAGGAGUUCAAGAAGAGCCCCAGCUACCCAAACACUGUCUCAGACAACAAACCUUGGCACAUGACUGUAAUCCGUGCACUUGGGAGGCUGAGGGAUGAGGACUGUUUUGUUGUAAGUUUGUAGCUGGAGUUAGAGGGGGAUAUGUAGUGAGUCCCCGCCAGCUUUAUUAUAAAGUGAUAACCUGUCUCAAAGGUUUCAGGAACUUUAGGUGAUAUUCAGAGUCCCCUCCAGCUCUAACGUGUGUUUUCUUGAUAAGCGGCCUUACAGUGGCCACCGAGUUUGGCACAAACUGUUGCACUUUAAUUUCUUCUAUAAUUUCUGUCACUCAUUUGGAUGAUGGUGCGUGUGCUACAGUGUGUGUGGAGGUCAGGGGAAAGCUGUGGAGUCUGUCCUGUUUCCACUGUGUGGGUCUCAGGGAUCAAAUGCAGGCAGGUUGCUUAAGGGCUGGGAUCACAGUGUCAAGCCACUGUGCUGAGUCACCUCUGCCCUUAAGACCUUCCAUUUUAGUGGCUUACACUGAAUGUUAUAGCUCAUUAAACCUAAGACAGAAGUGAGGACCCACGUUUUGUUUGUCUGUGUCUUCUAAGGUUUAUUAUAUAUACACCAUUCGUCUGCAGGCCAGAAGCGGGCAUCAGAUCCCAGUGCAGAUGGUCGUGAGCCACCAUGUGGUUGCUGGGAACUGAACUCAGGACCUCUGGAAGAGCAGUCAGUGCUCUUAACUGCUGAGCCAUCUCUCCAGCCUGAGGAUCCAUGUUUAAUACAGUGUAUGUUUUAAUGCCACAUGAUGGCACAUUUGGAAUUACACCGAUGACUGUAAAUGUGGGGUGGGUGACUCCUGGCAGGAAGGUGUGGUGUCGAGCGUAUAAAGGAGGCUCUGGCUAGUGAGUGGUUGCUGAAGGCUUUUGUUGGGACUGCUGGUUGACUGUGAAGUGCACAUAGGACAUAGGAGAGGGGUCCAGGCGCAGUUGAAUGCCUGAGGGAGGAGUACUGAGUACUGAGCGUGGCUGGAGGGCUGUAGGAUGGGGAUGGAAUUGGCCUCCUAGACCUGGGCAGAUCUUGGUGUCUGCAUUGAGAACAGUGGGAGAGCAGUGCAGAAUUCUCUGCAGGUGCUUAUGGGUCUGCUGUGUGUUUUGGAAGGCAUUGUGGGUACAGACAGAAGUGGAAAUGAUAACAGUUUGGGAGGCCACGUAGUCGAUCAGAUGGGAAAAGUGGUUGGGCAAGAAGUGUGCGAGAAAAAUGGAAAGAAUUCUUAGAUGGAAGACCUCUUUUGAAGGUAAAACUAAGAGAACUGGGUGAUGGAUUAUCAAGGAGGCUGUCGAGAACAACUAUAGCAUCUUCAGCAGAUGCCUGGCUAACAUGGUGGUGCUGGGCCUGAUAAGACUGAAAGGUGAUUACCUGGUAGGUUUGAGACGCUGAAGAGAUGGCUCAGUAGUUAAGAGCACUGACUGCUUCUUCCUGGUUCAAUUCCCAGCACCCACAUGGCAGCUUACAUCUAUCUGUAACUCCAGUUUUAGGGCUUCUGACAACCUCACACAGACACACAUGCAGGCAAAACACCAAUGCACAUAACAUAAUGAUGUAUAUAUUUAAAAGGCUGUUGAAGCAGCUUAGGGUGAAAUAAUAGGACAGGAAAUUGAUAUCCUCCUGUGGCGAGUCAUUUAUGACAUCCCAUUCAGAUAAAAUCCCCAGAGGAUAGAAACAGUGCACUUAGUUGAUGGUAGACAGUAGAGAGUUUCAGUAGCUUGGUACAUAACUACUUAGGACAAGGGAAGGAUAUCUAGAGAUAAAAGCAGUUUUAACUACCAGGCCUUUCAGGAGAGGGGUAACUGAGAAACAGUUGUGAGGCAGCUCCUGUCCAUCCAGACUUCACCUCUUCCUAGAGUUCCUAUGUUGCUCCUCAGCUUCUACAGAGGAGGAACAGCCCUUUAGCUACAUCUUCACCUUUUAAAAAGUGUUUGAGCGGGGCUGGGGAUUUAGCUCAGUGGUAGAGCGCUUACCUAGGAAGCGCAAGGCCCUGGGUUCGGUCCCCAGCUCCGAAAAAAAGAACCAAAAAAAAAAAAAAAGUGUUUGAGCGAGGCAUGGGCACAUCUCUAAUCCCAGUACCCUGGGGCAGAGGCAAGGAUCUCUUGAGUUCUAAGCUGAUCUGGUCUACAGAGUGACUUUCAGGGUAGCCAGGGUCAUAUGAUGACACCCUGUCUCAAAACAACGUAAGACAAGUCUGUCUGUCUGUGUCUAUGCCCAGAGGCCAGAGGAAGGCAACUAGCAUUUUAUCCAUCCCUCACUACCAAAUUUACUAGAGAUAGGGCCUCUCAUUGAACCUAUAGGUAUGCUGGCAGCCAGCAAGCCGUAAUGAUUGUCAGCCCUCCAUAGAACUGGUGUUACAGCCAUGCACAGUUAUGUGUCUGUCUGUCUGUCUGUCUGUCUCUGUGUGUAUGUGUAUAUUGCUGGCAUCCAAACUCAGCUACUCAUGCAGCAAGUGCUCUUGCCCACUGAGCCAUGUCCUCAGCCACCAAUAAAUAAAUAAAUAAAUAAAUAUAUACAUACACACAUACAUACAUAUAUAUAUAUAUAUAAUUUUCAUGUAUUUAAGUUUGCCUGCAUGUACAUUUGUGCAUCAUGGAGACCAGUAGAGUGUGUCAGAUCCCUGGAACUGGGUGUAUACACAGUUGUGAGCCAUCAUGUGGGUGCUGGGAAACAACCCAGGUCCUCUGGAAGAGCAAGUGUCCUAACUGCUGAGAAACGUCUCCAGCUGCCCACCCUGGUAUUUUGAACAGUUAAUAAAACCAUAUAGUUGCAUAUUUAUAAGGCAUAAAAUGGCAUACUGUGGAAAGCCUCUUCCUUCCGUUUUUUGUAUCUCUUAUCACUGAUAUUUAUACACAAUAAAGUUUCACUGCACCUGGCCUCCCCCAACUUAUCAGUGUAUCUCAGAGUGGGCAUCGCCCCGUGUCUUAGGAAUGAGUUUCCUCAUUCUUAUGCGUGUGUUCCAUUUUAUGUUUCCAUCUGAUUAGUCUUUACUGAUGGACAUUGCAGCUUAUUCUGAUUUCUGUUUAUAAAUAUGUUAAAAAUUUUCUACAUCUAUCAUAAUAUACAUAAAUUUUAUACAGAGAGAGAGAAUGUGACAUUUUAGAAUUGGAAAGUUUUAUAAAGAGAUUUGCUUCAUUUGUUUUAAAUCCAUUCAGUAUUUAUGGAGUACCUAUUAUGUGCCAGCCCUGAGGCAGGUACCAGGAAUCCAGCUUUCAGCAAGCCAUGUGAUCCCAGCCUCUGAGAGUGGGAUGGCAUCACUCUCAGUAGGGCAAAUAUCAGAGGAGAAAUUGAAGAAAGCUAUGUAAAAUGUAUUGUGGGGUCAGCCAUUGGGGCAAGACAGGAACACUUGGACUGUGCGAGCCUGUGUCCAUGGUCAGGGUGUGUAAAGGGAAGGAACUAUCAGAGGUGGGACGUGGAUGCGUGACUAUGAGUCUGGCUGGGAGGAUGCUGGUCACAAGUGACUAGGGCUGUAAAGGAUUGAAGCUUCAAUCCAGUAAAUUGGAUGAGGAAAGAUGCCAACCCUAACUGUCCUGAGAGAGGGGCAAGAGAACGGAUGGGUUGAAGCCACAGGAAGAGCCAGGUUCCUGUUGCAGAGCCUUCUGUGCCUCUGCGGUGGUGUUGGCAGAAUGGGAACUCCGAAGGUGGAAAUGAUAUGGUGGACUCCCGUCAGCUGGCUUUCUGGGCUAGCUCGAAAGGGCUCAGGCUUGGGAUGGGCAGGGAAUGGGGCUUGGAGACUCCCUCCUCAACUUGUUUCUCUUUCAUCCUCACCCCUUCUGCUUCCCUUCUGCAAAAGCCCAUCUCUGUGCCCAUCCUGGGUCCUAUGACUUUUCUCUCCCUCAACAGUCGGUUCCCGAUUCUGGUCCCCGGCCCCCAGCAGCGCCUGCCCCCUUCCCACCGGGGCCCCCCAUGAUGCCACCACCCUUCAUGCCCCCUCCAGGGCUCCCACCUCCUUUUCCUCCGAUGGGGCUCCCCCCUAUGAGUCAGAGACCUCCAGCCAUCCCCCCCAUGCCACCUGGCAUAUUGCCCCCAAUGCUUCCACCAAUGGGGGCACCGCCUCCACUUACACAGAUACCAGGAAUGGUCCCUCCGAUGAUGCCGGGGAUGCUGAUGCCAGCCGUGCCUGUCACUGCAGCGACGGCUCCGGGUGCGGACACCGCCAGCUCUGCUGUGCCUGGCACAGGCCCUCCGAGGGCCUUAUGGAGUGAACACGUGGCCCCUGACGGGCGCAUCUACUACUACAAUGCAGAUGAUAAGCAAUCCGUGUGGGAGAAGCCCAGCGCACUCAAGUCUAAAGCCGAGCUGCUACUGUCCCAGUGUCCCUGGAAAGAGUAUAAAUCAGACACAGGAAAGCCUUACUACUACAACAACCAGAGUCAGGAGUCCCGUUGGACCCGACCCAAGGACCUGGAUGACCUGGAAGCCCUAGUCAAACAAGAGUCUGCAGGAAAACAGCAGACCCAGCAACUACAGACACUACAGCCACAACCACCUCAGCCUGACCCUCCACCUAUACCUCCGGGUCCCAUCCCAGUGCCCAUGGCCCUCCUGGAACCUGAACCAGGUCGAAGUGAAGACUGUGAUGUGCUGGAGGCUGCCCAACCCUUGGAGCAGGGCUUCCUGCAGCGGGAGGAGGGCCCCAGCAGUUCUACUGGACAGCAUCGGCUACCACAGGAAGAGGAGGAAGCUAAGCCAGAACCAGAGAGAUCGGGCCUCAGUUGGAGCAACCGGGAGAAGGCAAAGCAGGCAUUCAAAGAGCUGCUAAGGGACAAGGCUGUCCCUUCCAAUGCUUCCUGGGAACAGGCCAUGAAGAUGGUAGUCACUGACCCACGUUACAGUGCCUUGCCCAAACUGAGUGAGAAGAAGCAGGCGUUUAAUGCUUAUAAGGCUCAGCGGGAGAAAGAGGAGAAAGAGGAGGCCCGGCUGAGAGCCAAGGAGGCCAAGCAGACUCUGCAGCAUUUCCUGGAGCAGCAUGAACGCAUGACCUCCACCACCCGCUACCGGCGGGCAGAACAGACUUUUGGGGACCUGGAGGUCUGGGCUGUGGUCCCUGAGAGGGAUAGAAAAGAAGUUUAUGAUGAUGUCCUCUUCUUCCUGGCCAAGAAGGAGAAGGAACAAGCCAAGCAGCUCCGGCGUCGAAACAUCCAAGCCCUGAAGAGCAUCCUGGAUGGGAUGAGUAGUGUCAACUUCCAAACCACAUGGUCCCAGGCCCAGCAGUACCUCAUGGAUAACCCCAGCUUUGCUCAGGACCAGCAGCUGCAGAACAUGGACAAAGAAGAUGCACUCAUCUGCUUUGAGGAGCACAUCCGAGCUUUGGAGAGAGAGGAGGAGGAAGAGCGGGAACGCGCCCGGCUUCGGGAACGGCGCCAGCAGCGGAAGAAUCGGGAGGCUUUUCAGACCUUCCUGGACGAGCUGCAUGAGACAGGGCAGCUGCACUCCAUGUCCACCUGGAUGGAGCUGUACCCAGCAGUCAGCACCGAUGUUCGCUUUGCCAACAUGCUGGGCCAGCCGGGCUCGACUCCUCUGGACUUGUUCAAGUUCUAUGUGGAGGAGUUGAAGGCUCGGUUCCACGAUGAGAAGAAAAUCAUAAAGGAUAUUCUUAAGGACCGGGGCUUCUGUGUGGAGGUGAACACAGCCUUUGAGGACUUCGCCCACGUCAUAAGCUUUGACAAGAGGGCUGCUGCGCUGGACGCAGGCAACAUCAAGCUGACCUUCAACAGUCUGCUGGAAAAAGCAGAGGCACGGGAGAGGGAACGGGAAAAGGAGGAGGCCCGAAGGAUGCGGCGCAGAGAAGCUGCCUUUCGAAGCAUGCUGAGGCAGGCCGUGCCUGCUCUGGAGCUGGGCACUGCCUGGGAAGAGGUCCGUGAGCGCUUUGUGUGCGACUCAGCCUUUGAGCAGAUCACCCUGGAGUCGGAGCGGAUCCGGCUCUUUCGAGAGUUCCUGCAGGUGCUGGAGCAGACUGAAUGCCAGCACCUCCACACCAAAGGCCGAAAGCAUGGCAGAAAGGGCAGGAAACACCAUCGCAAGCGUUCGCACACCCCCUCAGUGAGUCGGCAGGGCUCUGAGUCAGAUGAAGAGGAGCUGCCCCCACCAUCCCUCCGGCCCCCCAAGCGGAGGCGGCGGAACCCUUCAGAAUCUGGCUCUGAGCCUUCCUCCUCACUUGAUUCAGUUGAAAGUGGGGGUGCUGCCCUUGGAGGACCAGGCUCCCCAUCUUCCCACCUUCUUCUUGGGUCAGAUCAUGGUCUUCGGAAAACCAAGAAACCAAAAAAGAAAACUAAGAAAAGAAGACACAAGUCGACCAGUCCGGACAGUGAGACGGACCCCGAAGACAAAGCCGGUAAGGAGAGUGAAGACAGAGAACAGGAACAGGACAGGGAACCCCGGCAGGCAGAGCUCCCUAACCGUUCCCCAGGCUUCGGAAUCAAGAAGGAGAAGACAGGCUGGGACACAUCGGAAAGCGAGCUGAGUGAGGGGGAGCUGGAGAGGCGAAGGCGGACACUCCUACAACAGCUGGACGACCACCAAUGACCCCACGAGCUACUCUGCCUUGGGACUUCGUGAGGCAAUGGCUUCAGGGUGGCCUCAGCAUCUGCCUCAGACUCCUUCGUCUGUCUGGUCUGUGUCCACUUUCCCUACAGUAGCCCACCCCAACGCACUGCCGUGAGCGCCUCUCGAGGUUGCUCUUGGUGUUCAAGGGUCCCCUAGUUCUCAGACAACUAGUGCAGUCCUUGCCCUCAGCCCCAGACCAGAGACGGGCAGUCUAUACCACAUGGGGUGGGUGAUGCCAGUAGAUAGUGUGAGAAGGGGUCUCCCAGGAAAGAGACAGGCUGGUUGGACACAGCCUGGGUGGCCGAGGGCAGGGUCCUCACCCUCUAGCAUCAGUGCCUGCUCUUGCCUGACCUGGUCCUGGGGCUCUACCACUGCUUCCUCUCCCUUGGGACCCGAUGUAUGUGUUCUGUUUUGUUUUUUAAAUAAUAUUUAUAACAUGA